CAGUACUUAUCCCCAUGGGACGUGUAUUACUCACGACGCUGCAAUUUAUUUUCACACAAACAGCCAAGAAUAAUCGCAGUAGAUAGAUCAAAACUAUAAGCCCAACCUCACCAUUAUGACGACCAAAACGGUGGAUGUAUUACUCUACGGACUUGGGGCAAUCGGCUCCUUCUACGCAUUCAUCUUGAGCCGGUCGCAAAAUGUCCGGCUGACGGUCGUCGCUAGGUCGAAUUAUGAUGCUGUUAAGAUGAAUGGGAUAGUUAUCAAGAGUCAGAAUCAUGGGGAGCAUGUGGUUCGUCCCUGUAAAGUUGUGAAAAACGCGGCAGAGGCAGGACAGUCUUUCGACUAUAUCGUCUGCUGCCACAAAGCUAUUCAGCAGGAUCAUGUACCGAAACAGUUGGUUUCGGCUGUGGACACGUCAAAGACAACAAUUGUCAUUAUUCAAAAUGGGGUUGGAAAUGAAGACGCAUUCCGAGAAGCAUUUCCAAAAUGCACAAUCCUAUCCUGCGUUACCUGGGUUGGAGCGACACAAACCUCACCUGGAAUUGUGGCGCACACAAAGUCCGAGGACAUGCAGAUGGGACUCUUCCCGAAUAAAAACCUUGAUCCAGACCUCGAGAAACGACGGUUGGACGAAUUUGCUAGCUUGCUAACGCACGGAAAGACGGUGUUCCAAGUUGUCCCCAACAUCCAAGUCCAGCGGUGGGAAAAGGUAGUAUGGAAUGCAGCCUGGAAUACUCUCACUACUCUGACCCUUCUCGACACCAAGUCAUGGCUGGGUUCAUCGCCUGAUGCAUUACCUCUGACGCGACGUCUGAUGACAGAGGUCAUUGACGUAGCGCGAAGAUUAGGCGUUCCGAUCGAGCAUUCUCUUGUAGAUACGCUCAUCGAUAAGAUCAUGGCUAUGCCGGGAAUCGGAAGUAGCAUGCAGACGGACUAUAAGAAUGGGAGGCCGAUGGAAGUGGAUGUUAUUUUGGGAACGCCUGUGAAGAAAGCUCGAGAACUUGGCAUGGAUAUACCAACGGUGGAAACGCUCUAUGUGAUUCUGACAGCGGUCAAUGGCAGACUGACUAGUGCGCAGUAAUCUGUAGAUACAGAAGGAGUUGAUUAUCUAGAAAUUAUAGUAGAAGGCCGUAUCUAGGUUGACAGGCAAAAGCCUUCUGGUCGGCAUAACGGUCAGCAGUGGCACAGCAUUCAUUUUAUUCAGUAUCACGACUUAACCAAGCAAAAUAU